AUGGGGAAUUCUGGGAAAAGAACUGCAUCUUUUUUGUUUGUUCUUUCUCUAUUAACCCUCAAGGUGACCGGAAGAUUGUUACAACAGUACAGUUCAUCUGAGUUCGUUUCUGAUGGCGUCGAUCGUGUUCAAGACGACGAACCCUCUUUUCUACUCCUCAGAGGAAUGGAUUUUUCGUCGGAGCAGGAUCGGUGCGAGCAAAUGUACGGGUUCUUGCCGUGCUCAUACAGUCUUAUGGGUCAUCUCUUCCUCAUAGUUGUGUAUGAAUACCUGUUAUUUCAUGGAGAGUCCUAUGUGAUUACUGGAGGAGAGAGAAUAUUCAAGAUUCUUGGUCCUGGUGUGUUUGGUGCAAGUGCAUUCCAGAUCCUUGGUGCCCUUCCUGAGUCCUUAAUUCUUCUUGCAUCUGGACUUGUGGACAAAGGAGAGGGUCCUCAAGAGUACGUGCAAACCGCAGUUGGGUUGCUAGCCGGAACAACAAUCUUGCUUCUCACACUACUUUGGGGAACUUGUGUCAUCCUUGGCAGUCAAGAUUUUCCAACCACAUCAAAUGUUGGAGAAAAUCAUCUGCACAAACAAUCAUCACUAUUGACUGUGGCAUUAGGACUGUCCAUGGGCCACUUCAGCUUGUGCCAUGUGGUGGCACAUAACUGGGCCGACAAAAUGCUGUCCCCGGUAUGUGAAAGUAACCCACCUGUGGCAUGGGCUGGCACUGGUAAUGGUGUGACGACAGAUAUUGAGACUAGUUAUACUGCAAGAAUUAUGGUUCUCUCAGUGAUACCAUUUAUUAUCAUGCAAAUCCCUAAAGUUUUCAACUUGUCUUCUCCUGGGGAACGCGUUGUCACAAUAAUCGCUCUCGUUGUUUCUAUUGCAUUCCUCCUCUUAUACUUUUUCUAUCAGAUCUUCCAGCCUUGGAUCCAAAAGAGGCAACUAGAAUACGUGAAACAUGAACAUUUGAUAGUGGACAUAUUAAAGCAUGUGCAGAAACAUACAAUGCGAAGACUCCUCAAUAAUGAUGGUGCACCAAAUGUACGAGCUAUAAGAAGGUUAUUUUAUGAAAUUGAUCAAGAUGGCAACAAUUUCAUAUCGUUUGAUGAACUAAAAGGACUUCUCAACGAAAUCAGGUUCAGAAAAUCAGACCUGGACAACGAUGAGGCAACAGCAGAGGUGAUGAAAGACUUUGAUCUUAAUAAUGACAGAAAAAUAACUGCAAAUGAAUUUGUCAAUGGAAUGACAAAAUGGCUUGAUGAGACAAAGGAUGCAAUGGGUAAACGAUAUCACUCAAAUAAGUCAUUGAAAGAUUUAUACCAGAUUCUGCAACCUUGGAUUCAAGAGAAGAAGAAAGAACAAGAAAUGAAGAAGGAGUUGAUAUCAGAGAUUUUGAAGCAUGUUCAAAGCUCUGCUUUAGGGAGUCUCUGCACAGAAGAUGGAACACCAGAUAUUCCUGCUAUAAAAAGGUUGUUUGAAACCAUUGAUCUUGAUAAAGACAAUUGCAUAUCACAACCAGAACUAAAAGAACUGAUAGUGCACAUCAAGUUUGGUAACAUCCCUUGGGAUGCCGAUGAAGCUGUGGCAAAAAUAAUGGAAGAACUAGAUGUAAGUGGCGAUCAUCUGAUUGACGAGGAGGAAUUUGUCACUGGAUUUGCAAAAUGGCUCAACAUGACAAACAACCAAUCUCCCAACUUAACAGAAUCUGAAGAUGAUAUCUUCAAGAAAACAUGGGAACAAGUUGACUUUUUGGUAGAGGAGAAGAGCACAGAUAGGUCUCCAUGGGCAUGGACAAAGGCUAUAAUGUUUUUGGUUCUUGGAAUUGCCAUAGUAGCAGUUUUAGCUGAACCUCUUAUUCACAGUGUCCACAAUUUCUCCAUAUCUGCUGGUAUACCAUCUUUUUUCAUCUCUUUCAUACUAGUGCCAUUAGCUACAAAUGCUCGCGUGGCAAGUUCAGCAAUAUCUGCAGCCAGCCAAAAGAAGCCAAGAACUACUUCUUUGACACUUUCCGAGAUAUAUGGAGGAGUGGUCAUGAACAAUAUUCUUGGGUUUACUGUUCUUCUAUCCUUGAUUUAUUUUCGUGGGUUGUCGUGGCAUUUCUCAGCUGAAGUACUAGUUGUUCUAAUUGUUUGUGCUGUAAUGGGUCUUGCUGCAAGUUUCAACUCCACCUUCCCUGUUUGGACAUCGCUUAUAGCAUACCUGCUGUACCCAUUGGCUCUUAUCCUGGUCUAUGCUCUUGUUGAUUUUUCCUCAUUGACCUAAACUUGGCUGCUUUGAAAUCAGACUGCUUCAAGUUCAACAGGAAGGCAUGGGAUUAUUUGUCUGUUUGAACAUUGUACAUAUAUGAGUCAAUUGUUUUUCCCUAUGUUCAAUUUAUAACCUAGCAAAAAUAAGUCAAUGAAUAAUUGCAAUUCUCAAAUUCGAUUGACAAAUAUCGUCCCAAGAAGGGCUAGCAAUGUUGAUGCUACCUAAUUGGAUCAAUCAAGUUUAGCUUCGUUGCUCACUCUUGAUUUUUUGGAUCAAUCCUUGUUAUAGAAUAAGAGCGUUAUUCCGCCUUUUGUUUUGAGUCUUUCGCUAGCAUUCUAUUUGGAUAUGUACUCCUCUGCUCAAUAUACAUUGAUUGUAAUAUAUUGUCUCU